AUGGACCAUGCACGGAUUCUCAAUUUUCUAAACUCUUUAUAGAAUCAGGAUAGUACUUAAUAGAGUGAUAAUACUCAAUCUUCGUAGGAAUCAUUGAAGAGUUUAUAUGAGAAGAUCACAAAGGAGUAUUCAUUGCAAAGAGCUCGAACUUUGAGCAGAGAAGAAAGGUUGGCGAAUCAUUUGACCUCCAAUUCUCUCUCCUACGGGGAAAUUGAAUUUAAAUCCUUAUCCAUGGUCUUUCAAUGCGUAUCGCCAAAGAAAGGGGGAGUCUUCUAUGAUUUGGGUAGUGGCAUUGGAAAAGGAGUGAUAGCUGCAUCAUUAAUGCAUCAAUUCGAUAUUUGUAAAGGCAUUGAAUGUCUGCAUUCUUUGCAUGAGCAGGCUUGCAAUUUGAAACAAGAAAUGGAACAGAUUGGUGUCUAUGAAUAUUAAUUGCCCAAAAUUGAGUUCAUCAAUGGAGAUGUCAGAGAAUUAGAUUGGACUGACGGCACCUUCUUAUUUGCUUCAACUACUUGUUUCGAUCCGGAUCUGAUGAAGCAGCUAAGCAAAAAGGCUGCGGAUUUGAAGGAGGGAUCUUACUUCAUUACUGUUACUAAAACACUCGAUCCUCAGACUGGCUGGGAUCUUUGCAAUUGUCAUGGGGGUUGGCUACGAUUCACAUUUAACAAAAGAAAAUGA